UCCGCCGAGUCCCUCGCUGCAGAUCAGACAAUAAAGCGGGGAGGGAGCGGGAAAAACAGGGAUGGGAAUAUGACCAAGAUGCUCUGAGAGGAUGAAGAUGAGAUUCUUGACUUUUUUCUGGAAAGAGCAGAAAAUAAACGUCUCCAGGUACACCCUCUGCGCUCCUUAAUCGCAAGCGCUGCUUUGCAGGACUGAAUCUUGGAUUUUUUUGCUAUUUCUGCGAUUCUUGCACGUUCUGGCUGCUGUCUUCCCAACUUUCUUGACCACCAGAGGUUUGCUUGGGUGAACAAAGUGGAUUUUAUGUUUAAAGUGAAUGUAAAUGCACACGUGAGCACUUUCUUCUACUUUCCUCCGACUUUGUGGAAGAAGCGUCUCUUUCCCAGCUUGUGCCCAAGGAUGGCGGGCUGUACCAGCCGCUGCCGGCAGGGGGUGCUCAAGUUGAUCCAGUCUGUUCAGCGACUGCUUUCAGGAAGCCUUUCGAAAGGAGAAGCUGGAGCUGCAGUGAAGAGGAAAAAAAAACGUGUAUCCAUGAAUUUUUUACAAAUAAAACAGAUGAGGAGCUUGAGAUGACGACCGUCUGCCACCGGCCGGAGGGUCUGGAACAACUGGAAGCCCAAACCAACUUCAGCAAGCAGGAGCUCCAGAUCCUCUACCGUGGCUUCAAGAAUGAAUGUCCCAGCGGAGUGGUAAACGAGGAGACCUUCAAACACAUCUACGCACAGUUUUUCCCCCACGGAGAUGCGAGCAUGUACGCGCAUUACCUUUUCAACGCUUUCGACACGACGAACAACGGCUCCAUUAAGUUUAAGGACUUUGUAGUGGGCUUGUCCAUCCUCCUGAGGGGAACCUUGAGGGAAAAACUGGAGUGGACGUUUCACCUUUACGACAUCAACAGAGAUGGCUACAUCAACAGGGAGGAAAUGACGGAGAUUGUGAAGGCCAUUUAUGACAUGAUGGGCAAGUACACCUACCCAGCACUGAAGGGAGAUGUGCCACAGCAGCAUGUGGAUAUCUUUUUUCAGAAAAUGGACAAAAACAAAGACGGAGUGGUGACUUUAGAGGAGUUUGUUAUAGCCUGCCAGGAGGAUGAAACCAUGAUGAGAUCCAUGCAGCUGUUUGAGAAUGUGAUGUAAGACGAGAGGAGGAAACCACGGAUGACGAACAAUCAGAGGGCUCGGUGCGUGGAUGCACAGAGGACGUGCGGGACUUGCAGUCUCUCGUCCUUUUGACCUUUUUUUUAAUCCACCUGCCGACGGAAUGCAGACAAAGACUUGCAUGACAGAGCAGGACUUGAAUUCUUUUGUCGCUAAAAAGAGAAAAAGCAUGGAGGUCAAACUCUCGUACCUGUUUUCAAAGGCGGGCCACUUCCUUGUUUUGCACUGGUCCCUGGCACGUUCUAAAAAUAGAAUUUAACGAGACAACUAAUACAAAGAAACCAACAGCAGCAAAAAUGGAAAAAUCAACACCAAUUUUACAAGAAUAAAGUACAAAUAUUGAGGAGAAAAAUGAUGUAAUCUAAUGAGGAAAAAGUCAUAAUUUUACGAGAAUUACGUCGAAAAAAUAUGAGGAAAAAUAAGUUUAGGUUGCAGAAAAAGUUAUGUUGUGAGGAUAAAGUCAAAAUAUUAUGGAAUAAAUCAGAAUUGCAAGAAAAUUUAAAAUAAAGUGAAAAUAGUUUAAGAAAAUUAAAAAAAAACAGCUGUAAUUGUAUAAAAAUAAAUUUGUAAAUAUGAGAAAUAAGUGGUAAUUUUUAAGAAAAUUUGGUUGGGGGAGAAAGUCAAAAUAUUAUGGGAAUAAAGUCAUAACAUUCCGAAAAGUAAUAAUUUACAAAGAUUAUUUAAAAAAGGCAGUUGAAAUAUUUGGAGAAAAAAAAUAGCUAAACUGGCUGGGAUUUUAUGAGAAUAAAGUCCAAAUAUUAAGAAAAGUUGUAUUCCAACAAGGAAAAAAGUCACAAUAUUACGAGAAUAAACUCAUAAUAUUAUGAGGAAAAAAUAAUUUUAAUAGCAUACAGUUGAAAUAUUAAAGAAAAAACAUAUUUUUUAAGUCAUAAUAUGAGAAACAAGUUGUCAUUUUUGAAAAAUUAGGCUGGGGGGAAAAAGGCCAAGUAUUAUGGGAAUAAAGUCCUAAUAGUUUGAAAAGAAAGUUUAUCAACAUUAUUUAGGAAGACAGUUGAAAUAUUUGGAAAAUGUAAAAAAAGAAAAGAAAGAAAACCCAGCAAAAACGGCUGUAAUUUUAAAAGAAUUAAGUCAAAAUAUUAUGAGAAAAAAGUUGUAUUCCAACAAGAAAAAAAGGUCACUAUAUUUCAAGAAUAAACUUGUAAUAUUAUGAGGAAAAAUAAUUUAAUUUUAGUAACAUAGAGUUGAAAUAUUUAAGAAAAAAAAUAUGUUUUUUUAAGUCAUAAUAUGAGAAACAAGGUGUAAUUCUUAGAAAAUUACGUUGGGGGAAAAAGUUCAAAUAUUAUGGGAAUAAGGUCAUAAUAUUCCGAAAAGAAAAAUUAUGAAGAUUAUUUAAGAAGGCAUUUAAAAUAUUUGGAAAUUUAAAAAAAAUACGUUAAAAACAGCUGUGAUUUUAUGAGAAUAAAAUCAAAAUAUUAAGAGGGAAAAAAAUUGCAUUCCAACAAAAAAAAGUAUGAGAGACUAUUACCAAGAAAAAAUUUCAUUUUAGUAGCAUAGAUUUUAAAAAUUAAAGAAAAAAUUGGUUAUUCUUUAAAAAGUCGCAAUAUGACAAAAAAAGUUGUAGUUUUUGGAAAAUUAGGUUGGGUAAAAAGUCAAAGUAUUAUGGGAAUAAAGUCAUGAUAUUCCAAAAAGAAAAAAAUCCAAAGAUUAUUUAAGAAGACAGUUGAAAUAUUUGGAAAAUUAAAAAAAAAAAAAACCCUGCAAAAACGGCUGUGAUUUUACGAGAAUAAAGUCUAUAUAUAUAUAUAUAUAUAUAUAUAUAUAUAUAUAUAUAUAUAUAUAUAUAUAUAUAUACACAGUAUA